UCUGUCCUCCGUAACGCCAGAGCCACGCUGCAUCGCGAUUACUUCUUAUCAGUGUCCGAUAUCGAUCGCCCAACGCGAGGUGAAUCGAUAGAAAUCGGUCAGACACAGGUGCACGUCCCAGCCGAUGUCAGUUCAAUAGUGGGGCCAGUGUUUGCGAGCCGUGUGGGCAUAACGAAAAGAGCAUGACGACCGGAUACAAGCACCUCUACUCUUGCUUAACGUUUCUCAUUUUCGUGUUUGUGUUCAAUUUCUACAAAAACCGUAUCCAUUUGAGCCGCGAACGGGAAACGUCGUAUCGGGCGGCCUCGAAGAUGAAGCGGACCGGAGUGCUAAACAAACCGCUUCCACUCGAUAUGGAUGGAGAGGAUUUCUUUUUCGGACUUCAGGUCGAUCCUGCUAACGGUGACCUCCGGCCAACGUUGGCUAAAGGCUGGGAAGAGCACUCAUCGCCUCAUCCGACACGCUGCCUGAUGGCAGAGAUAUUUUUCGCAACACCCACGGCUCAAAGGUCAAGGUUAGGCUCGGUCGUGGAUCCGGAAGGAUUGCACUACAAGACGUCAAACGAGCGGAGCCGUAGAAAGGAUCCGCUUCACGAUCAUUCCUCAGUUCCGAACUCGUCGGUGUACGUGUUUCUGUCCGUGUUGGUUAUCCUCCUGGUGGCCGCUUGCGUCGAUAUUGCGAAACACCUGACGUCGUCGGCUCGUUCGCCGGGCGACACCAAGCGGCGCCUUUCGCUACAGAACUACCAGUCGUUGAUAAGGGAAAAGCAGAAACAGUUCCGAAUGAUGAAGCAACACUGCUCGCAACCAUCGAUGAGCAUUCAGCGUUCGAUCGAUGAACCGUUGCCACCGUCGGCGCUUUCGUACGGAUUGGGCCGGAAGGAUGACUCCAGAACGGGCUCGGCGGCACCGCUUCUCCGGCGACAAUCGGUACCAACGUUAAUGCGCACGCAACCCUCCGCCACGAGCUGGAACGGACCUUCACCGCUCGCUACCGGUGCAUCGUUCGGACGCCGAACAUCGGUGGACUCGUUCUGGGAUGUGGACAGUUCCGGCCCACCGUCCCUGGGAUCAUCGCCGGAGGUGAGACGACGCGUCCGGAUGCUACACCGUCAUUAGGAGGUCCAUUUUUGAAAUGGAUACAGUUUGCGUGUGGCACUGACAACAUAUGGAUUGCCGCUUCUCUUCGAUUUACCGAUUUAAGGAUAUUCUAUUUUCAGCAGAAUACGUAAAAAUAUCUGAACGCAAUGCGUUCCCCUGUGUGGCGUACGAAUAAUGUUCGAACUAUUUGAUGUGAUCUCUUUUAGGAUAAGGACAAAGAAAUAUGAACUGAUGAAGUACCCUCCAGCCUAUGAAAGGGGAUAUUUAGUAGCAUAACGAGCCGCUUUUGGAGUCUAAAUUGCUGGUACAAUCGUGUCCAUUUUGUAUACGCAAAAUUCUAGCUCAUUAUCUCCUAAACAUAUCUCACGACUCUUCGAAAAGUAGAAACAAAUGUGAAUCUAUAGUUGUAGUCAACUGGAUGUGCUGGUAAGCAUUUGUUUAAAUUAUCGCUGCUAGAAGUAAAUCGAAUUUUUUAAAGCAAAUUUUACACAGCCAUAAAAAGAAUAGGUGUUAUGAACUAAAGGAAUGAAAAGAAACAGUUGUUAUGAAGUGUACCGCAAAACUACAAAAUGGGCUAGUUUUAUGACGAAUCAGAUGAAGGCACGCCUUUACCGGACAAAUCGACCUUCGGCAAUCAUGGGAACCGUUCAGCUGGGCCGGAUGAGUGAAUUGAUUUGGGAACGAUCGAUACUGUACUUUGCUACAUUCGUCGCUAUAGCUCUCUCUCUUCAAGAAUGUCGCUAACGAGUUGUACUUUUAGGUCAAGUCAUAUUUAUUGAUUAUCGUUAAAAUUAUCUUACAACUUAUACAACUGUGCGGUCUUAACGGUGCAACUAUUUCAAAUCUUAAAGCACACGAAAACCGGCUGUUACGACCGGCAACGAAAUGAAAAAAGUUCGAUUUGUGCAAAUGUUUGUUGUUUCGAAAAAUACUUUUCAGCAGGGUGGACACUGGACAGGAGCAGUGCUUCAGGGAAAAGGCUUAUAGUUGUAGAGGAUUCCUAAAAAGCCCCUCUUAAAAGUAAGGCGGCCAAAAAAGUUUGUUCGUCGUUGCCGGCGAUACCCACAUGCAGGGUGUCCUUGAGUAUUCACUGUGGCCCUGGUUACACCUGACCGUGGUCUAUAAUAAACUGAAUGAUGAAUGUCUGAAA